GGCCCCCAACUCGGCGUCGCACCGCAAAGCAACCCCCCCUUGCUUUUUGUACUCUUCCAUCUCACAAUCUCUCUAUCUCUCUCUCUCUUCCUUACGCGGCAAAACACACCGUCGUCCAUGGACAGUUCUAAUAACAACAACAACAACAAGAGGGCGCGCGACGCCGAGGAUGAGGCCGACGAGGCCAAGAGGCUGCGGGCGGAGGACCUGCUCGACAUGCUCGACGAUGAUACCGACGCCGGGGGCGCCGCCGGCGACCUGGCGUCCGUCAUGCGGAGCUUCGAGGAGGAGAUUGUUGCUGGGGAUGUCGCCGGGGACGUUGCCCCCACGACGCAGCCCGAGCUCGGGUUCCUUCUCGAGGCCUCCGACGACGAGCUCGGCCUGCCGCCCGCCACCGCGUCCUCGUCGGAGGAGGAGGCCGGGGCUGGGGAGCCCGAGGAUGCCAUCGGGUUCGGCGGACAGAUCUGGGGGUUCGAGGACGAGAUUGGCGGAGGCGGCUACGCUGGCUUCGCCCUCACCUCGCCGGAGGCGGUCGCCGCCGCCGCCGCCGCGGCGGAGUGGGACGACGACGGCUUCGACGCCGGCUUGUUCGGCUUCGGCGACGAGGUCUCGGCGCUUCGCCACGAGACCAUGCCGGCCGUCUGAUGGGCCUGGGCCGAAGUGGAUUAGUUUUUUUUUAUUUUCCUCGUUUUUUUUAAAUUUGGCUAACCUUAGCUCUACCCUUGUUUAACCUUGGAUGUAAAGUUUCUAGUAGAAGGUUAAAAAAACAGAGGGGAGGAAACUUGGAAAAAAGUUUCAUGGAUGGAGAGGAGAAAAAAAAAACAGAUGUAGGCAUGGUUAAAAGAAAAAAUCUGAUGACAAUGCCUCACGAACAAAAAUGAGAAGAAUGGCUUCAUGCCUUCAUACCAGUACUACGACCUUACAAAUAUUUUAUUUCAAGCAAACGAAAGAUUUAA